AUGAACUCCCAGGAACUAGCGCUGCUGCUCACAGACUCGUCGUUGGACGCUAGCAGAAGCAGAAACGCAUCGCAGGCAUCACCGCCGCUGCAGCGCGGAUCGCCGCUUGCCUCGGAGCACGAGGCCGCCGGGCUGGAACCGCGCGGGGACAAACGGGUCGAAAACUCAGAUAACGAUUGUCGUUACGACGGAAGACGUAGCGACGGAAGGCGCAGCGACAACGAUAUCUGUAGUGACGCCAGCAGUGAUGGCAUCAGUGACAUCAUUCACGAUAACGAUAGCGAAGUCCGAGGCCGUUGGGGCUCAGAUACCGGAGUUGGGCUCCGUGGCGCCGACGAGUUACCCGGGGAUCUGUCGCAAGGGCAUUCGCGGCAGCACCUGUUGUCCAGUCUUGACGACGAGGCGCUCAUCCAGCUGGUAAACUCGUACGAGCCGCGUCCCAAGCCGGAAAGACGUCUGGCAGACGCGGACGAGGGGUCGCCGUCGGUGUCCCCGGUGGAUUUCGAGAACGUCAGUGACGUCAGUGACAACGACAGAGCCCCGGAGGACGCCCGCCAUGAAGUCAUAGACUGCCCACAGACGCCUCCCCAGGCGCCUCCCCAGGCGCAUCCAGACGGCCCGCUGGCUUUUGGAGACUACGAAACUUACUUCAAACACAAGCACGUCCAGCAACAGCAGCAAGACCAAAGACUACGCCAAAUCCAUGGCGUCAAACCACCCAUCUUCAAGAACUGUAUCAUCUACGUCAACGGGCGCACGAACCCUGACAGACUCGUGCUUCACAAGAACGUUGUCUUGUACGGCGGCGUCUUCAACCACUAUCUCUCCGGGAAAACGUCUGUCACCCACAUCAUAGCGAGCAACCUGACCUCGAAGAAGCGAAUCGAGUUCCAGAAGUACAAGGUCGUCACUCCGGACUGGAUAGUCGACUCUAUUGCGGCUGGCGAACGUCUCCCAUGGCAAAGAUAUGCGCUCAUAACGGCCAACCCCAACCAGCCCACGAUCUCGACUACGCUGGACUGCAAAAGCCCUCAAUUUCUCGCAAGUUUCUUCGCCAAAUCCCGUCUCCAUCACCUGUCUACGUGGAAGGCGGAUCUGCGCGCGAAAUUCUGUUCGAAAUACGUGGGUGAUGUCAGUAUAGAACGUCUUCCAAAAACGACACGUCUGGCCAUAUUCCACAUCGAUUUCGACUGUUUCUUCGCCACCGUUUCUGCACUCGCAGAUGGCAGGUAUUCCUUGGAGAAGCAACCGCUUGCAGUCGCGCAUGGGGUUGCGUCCUCGGAAAUCGCUAGUUGUAAUUACGCCGCUCGUGCUUUUGGAGUCAGAAAUGGAAUGUGGGUUCGUAGCGCUAAACGGCUCUGUCCCGAUUUAGUGCUUUUGCCAUACAACUUCAAUCAGUACGAGGUCAAGUCCAGCAUCCUGUAUGAGACUCUGGUAGCCUGUGGUGCCUUCAACAUGAUCCUGCCUAUAUCUGUAGAUGAGGCGAUAUGUGUAAGGUUCAGUGACGAGGCUCUUUCUGAUGAGGCCAUACGCAAUGACUGUUCGAAAAUUGUUUCCUCUUUGAGAGAGCGUAUUUUCGAAAGUACACAGGGCUGCUCGGUGAGUAUUGGUUGUGGCAGCAGUUUAGUGCUUGCCCGUUUGGCACUGAAGCGUGCCAAGCCAGGCGGCUUCUGUAUUCAAUUGAGCAGAGAUUCAAAGUCUGUUGAAAGUUUUGUUUCGAGUUUCAAACUAAAUGAGCUGCCUGGCGUUGGAUAUUCAAUUGUGGAUAAAAUCAAGACCAACUUUCUCCGAAAAAACGUGUCUUCACCCACUGUCGCCGAUCUGAAGCAAAAUUCCACCCGGCAAGCUCUAAUAUCUAAACUCGGCUCCAAAACUGGCGCCAAAUUGGCGUUGUUCAUGGAAGGAAAAGAUGAUGAGGAAAGUCUCAAAAUAUUGAAAGAUCCGGUGGAAUUCUUCACUCGGAAAUCUAUGUCUGUCGACAUCAAUUAUGCCAUCCGCUUUGAUACAAUUCACGAAAUAGACACAUUCAUUGAUCGAAUCUGCGAUCACUUAACCCAAAAAAUGAAGGAGCUCGGACUGAUAACGCCCCAAGUGACAUUGAAAAUCUUGAGACGGUGUGCACAUGCUCCAAUUGAACCUGAGAAGUAUCUGGGCUCUGGGGAGUGUGAUGCUUUUAGCAGAAACAGCAGAUUUGGUGUGCCGACAGAUGAAAUGGGUGUGAUCGCUACAGAAGUCAAGUCAUCGUUACGUAUGCUCUCAUGCCCACCCAAAGACUUGAGAGGUGUAGCCGUUCAAUUCAAUAAAUUGAUGAAGGCAUCAGAUCGUGACAAACAGAGAAAAGGUCUUUUUGUAGGCGUAGGAAACCCAGCCAAGGGUUCUCUCAAUACACUGGCCUACCAUGCUCUGCCGAAAGAUUUCAGGUCUGACAUUAAAGCAGAACUUUCCAAGAGAAACAUCUCAGUACCUGAAACUCCACCGCCGAAAAAGGCAGUAACAAUAUCACCUGUGAAGGAUUUCUGGGCUAGACACUGGAAACAGGACCCUCCGCCGAAGUUGGAAUUUCCAAGUUCACUUGACAAUGAGUUUAUGGUGCAUUUGCCUUCUCAAAUACAGCGAGAGUUAAAACAAGACCAUGCGAUCCUAAAAAAAACGAAAAGGACAAUGAGAAAAUCUGUUCUUUCAAAGGAGUACAAGCAAUUUGAGAAAGUUAUUAACCGAAAUUUCCUAUCAGAGCCCAUUAAAUUUCAAGCGCUCGACCGUCCUAAAGAGAUUCUGAGUCUUGUUCAGUCUUGGAUAGAUGACUCUAUAAACAGUGGGCCCCAUUCAGCGGAUUUAAUACUAUUUGACAAAUACCUAACCAAGCUUAGCGACGCGGGGAAAACCCAUUUCAUUCUCCGGAUGAUGAAUCUCAUGUCGUCAAGACUCGAAUACCAUUCCUCAUAUCCAAACUCUGCUGCAGGACGACAGGAAUGGGAGGAAUACAUGCUAAGAAGAAUCGUGCCGCUUUUAAACCAGAGUUGUCAUAAUAGGGGUACUGCUCUGAAUUUCACAUUCGAUGUUUAA